AUGUGGGGGAACGGCAGCCGGGCCGAGCCCUGGGUCGCGCCGCCGUGCGACGAGCGGCUGUGCUCGGCGCUGCCGCUGCAGGCGCUCGUGCCGGUGACGGCCGUUUGCCUGGGGCUCUUCGCGGUCGGCGUGGUGGGCAACGUGCUGACGGUGCUGGUCACCUGCGGGCACCGCGACGCCCGCAGCACCACCGACCUGUACGUGGGCAGCAUGGCGAUGUCCGACCUGCUCAUCCUGCUCGGGCUGCCCCUCGACCUGUACCGCCUGUGGCGCUCCCGGCCCUGGAUCUUCGGGCAGCUGCUGUGCCGCCUCUCGCACUACCUGAGCGAGGGCUGCACCUACUGCACCAUCCUGCACAUCACCGCCCUCACGGUGGAGCGCUACCUGGCCGUCUGCUUCCCGCUGCGGGCCAAGGUGCUGGUCACCCGGCGCCGCGUCAGGGCCGUCAUCGGCGCCCUCUGGGCCUUCGCCCUCCUGUCGGCGGCGCCCUUCUUCUUCCUGGUCGGCGUGGUGCAGCCCGACAACCGCACCGACUUCAGCCGCGAGUGCAAGCCCACCCCGCGGGCGCUGGAGUCCGGGCUGCUGGGCGCCAUGUUCUGGGUCACCACCUCCUACUUCGUGCUGCCCGUCGUCUGCCUCACCGUCCUCUACGGCUUCAUCGGGCGCGAGCUGUGGCGCAGCAGGGGCCGCCUGCGGGGUCCCGGCGCUGCCCUCCGGGAGCGGGGCCACCGGCACACCGUCAGGAUCCUGGCUGUGGUGAUCCUGGCCUUUGUAAUUUGCUGGUUGCCUUUCCACAUUGGCAGGAUCAUAUUUAUAAACACCCGAGACACCAGAACGAUGCUGUUCUCCCAGUACUUCAACAUCUUUGCCCUGCAGCUGUUCUACCUGAGUGCCUCCAUCAAUCCCAUCCUUUACAACCUCAUCUCACAGAGGUACCGGGCAGCAGCCUGCAAGCUCCUGCUGCCUUGCCGGCGUGUGAGAAGGGCUCUGGUGGGAACAAAAAUGUCCAGGACCUACACAGAGACCAGCAGUGGCAUAAGACACAGGUAAAUGGGCACAGAAACCCAGCAGUGGGUUUCACAAGGCAUUCCGUGCAAGGAAGGACGCUUCCCACUGCAAAGAGUCACAGAAGUCACAUCUAUCAGAGCUUUGGUAGCGUGUCACUCUCUGUGUGCCAAAAUACUUGGAUUUUUGCCAGCGGAGCAAGCAGGGACCAUAAAACAACGAGAAUGGUGUGAAAGCCAACAGUAAAGGAACAGCCGGAGGAUAUUACUGGUGAAACUGCGGGUUUGGUUUAUUUUGUGUUGUUCAGCCACGUUUGUACUCUGCGAUUCCUGGUGCUUUCUAAACAUCUUAACAUCAGGGACUGCAAAGCAAGGAGUGACUCGCAGAGAGCCUGUGCUGUUUUAAAGCAGUUUUCUCCAUCACAAGGAGACGGACGCAGAAGGAAUUGCCCACCGCCAUCAGCACUUUUAUAAGAAGGGGAUGCAUGUUUCUAUUAACCAGUCUUGCUACCGUGAGUGUGAGUUUCCAGGACAAUUUAACUGACUAUUCCCCUGGGAGAGCAUAUCCUCUGCACUCAGCUCUGUUGAUCUGCCCCGUGCCAUUAAACACAUCUCUUAAUUACUGGCAACCAAUUUAGAUAUCGCUGCUUACAUCCUCUUGGCAGUGUUUGGUUAGCAUUACUGUGUAACCACCCGGCACCGGGCUACCCCUGUACAGAGGUCGUGAUGUUUGAGAUUCCCUUGGGGUAAAUUAAGGGGGAACAUCAACAAAUGGCUGGUUAACAGUUUCAUUCAAAUUAUUUAUUGCCUGGUGGUUUUUGGUGCUAUAUAAGAAACUGUAGAAUCGUAGAAUGGCUUGGAUUGGAAGAAAGCUUAAAAACCAUCUAACUGCAACCCUGUGCCAUGGGCAGUGCCAGCCAGCAGCUCAGGCUGCCCAGGUCCCCAUUCAGCCUGGCCUUGAGUGCCUCCAGAGAUGGGGCACCCACAGCUUCUCUGGGCAGCUGUGCCAGGGCCUCACUGCCCUCUGAGUAAAGAAUUUGCUCCUAACAUCUAACUUACACCUCCCCUUUUUAAAGCCAUUCCCUCUUGUCCUGUCAGUAUCAGACUGUGUAAAAAGUCACUCCCCCUCCUGUUUAUAUGCUCCCUUCAAGUACAGAGGGCCGCAAUGAGGUCUCCCCAGAGCCUUCUAUUUUCCAAGCUAAUCAAGUCCAAUUCCCUCAACCUUUCUCCAGAGGAGAGGUGCUCCAGACCUCUGAGAAUCUUCAUGGCCUUCCUCUGGACCAGCUCCAGUAAAUCUGCAUCCCUCCAGUGUUGGGGUGUCCAGGUCUGAACGCAGUACUGAAGAUGGGGCCUCGUGAGGGCAGAGCAGAGGACAAUCCCCUCCUUAUUCUUGCUGCCACCCCUCUGCUGACGCAGCCCAGAAUACUGUUGGCCUUUUGAGCUGCAAAUGCACACCUCUGGCUCAUGUUCAGAUUUUUGUCCACAAGGACCCACAAGUCCUUCUUGGCAGGAUUGCUCUCAGUGAGUUCUUUUCCCAAUCUGUACACAUAUCUGGGAUUUUCUUGACCAAAAUGGCCUUUUAGAACCUCAUUAGGUUCCUGUGGGCCCACUUCUCAAGCCUGUACAGGUCCCUCUGGAUGACAUCCCUUCCUUCUGUCAUAGCACCUGCACCACACAGCUUGGUACGGUCCCAGGACGGACCUGUGAGACACCACUCAUGAGGAUAAUUUAUGAUGAUAUGCCUCGUGUGAUGUUAUAAUAUAUACGCUGUAGAGAGAGAAAGGGGUACCACCAUUGUGGGACCCAGCAGUGUCCCAGCAAUGCUCAUGGUGGGCACGCUCCAGCUGUCAGCCUUCUGUGCUCAGACAGCCCCCCUGAGGAGGUAUGCAGUCACCAUUUGUCAGUGAGUCUGAGAUCUUAUGUGGUCAUCAGGCCCCUCUAAUGCUGUGAUAGAGGUGUGGCCCUAACCCUGCACAAGUGCAUUUCAAGGUUUGGGGCACUCUGGAAAUAGGUGGUUGGUCAGAGAGGUCUCGCUCUCCCCCUCCCCAAAUGGCUGCUCAUUGGCCCUCUGUGGUGCGCAGUGAAGUUGGCAGUAUCUCUUCUUCCACCACUGUUAUUUAUUGGAACUCAGCAGGUCUGUGUGUUCUUACAGGAUAAGGAUUUGGGUCUGGUGGAAUGCACCUCUCCUUAGAAAGCUUCCUCCAGCCACUUUUUAUCUUGUUACUACGGUGGUCUCCUUUUAGUCUUCUACCAAGUGCUUGGGACAUUAACCUUCUGCUUCUCAGUCUCUUGCACAGUGCUCUGUCAUGUUAUGUUCUUGUGGUACAAUGUGCCAAGGUAGCCAAGCUCCUCUGGCUGAGCUGCGUGCCCAGCAUGCAGGCUGUGCCUGGACCUACAGCUGCAAUGCAAGCCAUGAAACAACAUGCUAGCUUUGCUCCAAAGGUCUACAAUACAAACUCAAGCUGAGCAACUUAGGCACAAGUGUUUGUUAGGCAGGGAGGGCUACAGGGAGUUACAGUGCCAUUUCUUUGGAGAGUGAGUACAUUUUACCUCUGUAUCUUACCCGCUUUCCUUCUGGCUGUAGUAAAGUAAGCCUGGAACAAAAAUCAAUGAAGUGGGACUGCACUUAAACACACAUGCUUAGUGCAUACUGAAGUUACCAUCUGUCCUACCUGAAAUGUGGACUGUUCCAAAUCCAGCUUAUGGAUCUCAGCACAGUAGAGCUGAACCCAGGCCUUCUCCAGCCUUAAAAGUAUGACCAAACUCUUCAUUUGACUCUGAGUCACCAAAUUAAAUACGUGAAGACACAAAGCUCCGCAGCUCCUGGCACACACAUGGAACAUUCUCUUCACAUCAGCUUCGCUGCAGCUUUGGGGCUGGGUUGGUUUGCUUUUGCUGGGUGGUGCCCUUCAGUAAAAUACAUCAAAAUGGCAGAACAGCUGGCACACUGCAGAGGUAGGAGGAAGAAAGGGAACCGUUGUCACACUGCUGUGCGGCCACGCAGCCCUCUCCUGCAUGCCUGCAGUCUGCUGGUGAUGCCUCUUCCUUUUCCUCUGGCUGCUGAGCUGCACUGGUCCUGGUGCCCACUGCUGGGGUGUGUGGCACCUGCCUGCACUUGGCAUCCUCCUGCUUCCUGCAGCAGGCUGCGAGGAGGGGGUCUGAUGUGCUGGCCAGACCGUUUGCGUCCUCGUGAUAAAUACCCUUAUGGGAGCAGUACAACAACACAUGCAGCAAACCACAUCUGUGAGCUUGUAAUGCCUUUUAAUUAAUGUUCCAUCCCCAUUAGGGCAUAUCCUUCAGAAAUAAAUUGAGUUGGUGAGUUUCCUUAGAAUUACCGAGCCUGGAAUCGCUGUGUGUGGCAGUCAGCACCAGGCCAAGCAAGCAGAGAGCCUGCAAACAAAGAGCAGCAUUGGGUUAUUCAUUCCCACAGCACUGCUCAGAUGCAGCUUGGUUGUCUUCAGAAGGAAUAUUUCAAAAGUCAUUUGUUUAUGGACUAUUAGGAAAAGUAGCAGAGAGCUUCAGAAACAUACACAGAGAGAUGACAGUAAUAAAAAGAGAGAAAUGGGGAAAUGUGAAAGCAAAGCACAGAGAAAGGAGGAAAGGAGAAAGUGUAUCCUCAUGCAUCUUGAAGGAUCAUUCACUUGAAAUGCAUGGGGGGAAAUCUGUGAUCCAUGCACGGAUGACUCUGGAGACUUCUUGCAGACCAUAGUUAGCUGUACCCAUACAGACAUUAAACCAGGGACCAGAAAGUCACUCUCCAACUUUCAUCUUAAUUUCGAACUAUCCAAUUUCUGUACUCGUCGUGUAGCUGUACACUCCACAUAGAAGUCCACAAUAAAUUCAGGAUAUGAUAUUCCCUUGGUUUAACAUAACCUCAUUUGCAUUUGCAGUCAUUGUUUCACUUAACAUGACUCUAAAAUAAAGUUUAUCUUAGCUUAUCCAAAUUAGACAAUCGCUAUUAGGAACCUACUUGAAAAAUUGAAUUUCUAUUCUAAAAUAAAUGUUAUGGAAAACUAC